AAUCCCAACAGCUGAUCAACAGACUUCAGAAAGCCCCAGACCUUCACAGAGUGCAGGACAGAGAAAGAGAGAAAGGGGAGAGCUAAUGAGCUAAUGCUGAGCUAAUGCUGAGACAAAGCGUUUUCAUCUAUGUGGCUUUUUUGUGAUUAUUUAUACAAUGAGUGGCAAAUAUUAACGUGGGGGCUGUGAUAUACUCUCUGAAGUUCAAAACGAGCCAAAUCCUGGAAGCAGUUACCAGCCUAUUUUCUACGGUCAAACUGUAAGAAGACUGGGGACAGCUGCACGAGGAAGGAAGAAAGAGAGAAGAGCGAAAGAACGGAUCUCUUGCUGCGGGUGUGCUGUCCAGUGCUGAAGCCUGUCUGCCUGCCUAUACAGGCGCGCAGCACUGAAAGGGAGCUAUCCAGUGCUGAAGUUGCAUUUCUGACCAGCGGAACAAGGCGCUGCAGCACGAAAAUCAGCAGCUCAACAAGGAGUAGCAGCGUGAGGAUUCGGAAGGGGUCUCACUCAGGCUUUUCCCCCUGUGCUGGCAUCUGAUCACACACAAAUCGACGAACCGAAGAAGCGAUUCCGCCCGUCUAUACAGCCCCUUUUCCUCAGCCCUGCAUGAGGAGUGAUAGACUUAACCACCGGACGAGUGUUAUUUUGUUCAAAGUGGAAAAAUGCCAAGAUCUUUUCUGGUCAAAAAGGUUAAGCUCGAUGAUUUCUCAUCUGCUGAUCUGGAGAACCAUUAUGGUAGAGUGAGGUCCGACCUCAGCCUCCGCUUUCAUGAAAAAGGGUACAUCAGUGACUACAUGACCCCGUCUGUCUAUGACGGUGAAAGUGACAAUGGCAUUAAAGUCCCCUCUCCCAGCCCCAUCUACGAUGGCAUCCACAGCGACGGCAUCCACAGCGACUACGGAGCACCGGACUCGGACCAGCCUGACAGUCCCCAGUCCGAGAUCUCCUCCGGUUACAUCAACGGAGACACCGCAGUGAGCGAGGGCUACACCGUAGACGCCUUCUUCAUCACUGACGGAAGGUCGAGGAGAAAAGCCAUCAGCAGCCCCAGGACCAUACAGCGUCACACGUGCAACGAGUGCGGAAAAACGUAUGCCACGUCCUCCAACUUGAGCCGGCACAAGCAGACCCACCGUAGCCUAGAGAGCAAGAUGGCCAAGAAGUGCCCCACCUGUGGGAAGGUGUACGUGUCCAUGCCUGCCAUGGCCAUGCAUCUGCUCACCCACGACCUCAAGCACAAGUGUGACAUAUGUAGCAAGGCCUUCAGUAGACCUUGGCUGCUGCAGGGACACAUGCGGUCACACACUGGCGAGAAGCCCUUUGGAUGCGCACACUGCGGAAAGGCGUUCGCCGACCGCUCCAACCUCCGCGCUCACAUGCAGACGCACUCUGCUUUCAAGCACUACAAGUGCAAGAGAUGCGACAAGACCUUUGCUUUAAAAUCCUACCUGAACAAGCAUUAUGAGUCCGCCUGCUUUAAGGGAGAGUUCUCACCUAUGAGCUCCAUUGACGACUGACUUGUAUAGUAUCCAUGAACAUGUAAUGAAACUUCUUCCAACGGCAUCCCUAUACUAUUCCCUAGACAACCUGUUCCAUGGUGACAGCACAGGUUUUAUCCACUACUGCAGCAAACAGCAUCACUAAGGAAAUGUUGGAUUACGCAUGUAGCUUGCCCAAACUUUUUUUCCAUGGGCUAUCCACCCUUGAUCGUUAUAACAACAACAACAACUUAUUCAACUAUUAUGAGUCGAAAUUUAAUGUGUUUGCCAAACUCGCAGAACAUUGAAAAUGUCUUAAUUUAAAAGGUCAAACCUUUUUUAAGUAUUGGGCAAUAUUGUAUUGCUGCCAAUGGCCACAAAAGUGUUCAGUAGUGAGGUAAACCUAUUUAUGAAUUCACUUAUUUCUCUAUUUACCUAUUACUUUAUUUAUUUCUCUAUUUACCUAUUACUUUAUUUAUUUCUCUAUUUACCUAUUACUUUAUUUAUUUCUCUAUUUACCUAUUACUUUAUUUAUUUUUUACUUACAUUUUGUGUUAGAAUCUUCAUUUGCACUUUAAUUUAGUAUUGUUUUGCAAGCCUUCGUCAUGAAUAUGCCAAAGCAUUUGCCACUUUCUAAAUAUCCUCUUAUUUUUGUUCGCCACUUUAUAAACAUAUUGCAUGCAAAAAACGAUGAUAAUGAAAUCUAUGCCAAUUUUAUGAAGUUUAGGAUUUUCGCCAAAAUCUAGAUGUAAUCUGUCGGUAAUAUUUCUCGGGAGUCUCACCAUAAAGAACUAUAGAGCAAUAAUGCAUGGUAUUUGUAAAACAUAAAUGAGUAAUAACUAUGACAUUUUCAACACACAUCAUCCUUUUCUCCAGUCCUCUAGUAGUCAUACAAACAUGGAAUAGGCCUAUCAGGGAAACGCCAGUGUGUGUAGUAUUGAAUGGAUAAGCCCAUGGGGUGGGAUAGGGAGAGGUCCUUUUGUAAAUGGUUAUGCACUGCCUGCCUCGUAUUUAUCUUAGUCUUAGAACGUAGACUUCUGGUGCUGAUCUAAAAAUAGUUCCAAGCAAUCCAGAACAUCUCACCACCAAGUCUGUGGAACGAACGCCAGAGGCCCAAACGACGGCGGCGCUACCCCAUAUCACAUCUCUCACAGGUGGACAAGUAAGUUUAGGGGUCACUUACAAGAUAACUUUCACUGCAUCAGGGCUCAGAAUGAUCAACACAAUAAGAUGACCGUACUCUAGCCACGAUAAAGUCCAUUCAUCUUACUAAAGCACUUCCUUAUACUAUGAACAAUUCAACUUUUUAAAGAUAGUAGCACAACAAGUAGAUUCAGGUAGAAAGGCCUUGUAUUAGCUAUAGGCUAACCUCUGUUUUUGUACUAUGCCGAUCAAAGGGAAAUAACUGUUUAUUGCAAGACGCCUUGUACAUAACCCUUUGAUGAGUAUGAUAUUUCUACAAUCUGUAAAGAAUCAAAUGAAUCUUAUUUCUGGAGUUCUUUUCCCUGGGAUUUUUCUGCCCAGUAUUUGAACGAUGUAAAGCACAAUGGCACCGGGCAUUUUGUCUCACUUCAUAAUAAAGAAUGAAUAAAGAUCUAACACGA